UAUACUCUCAAAAUUGAAAAUGUGUAGUAGUAGGAUAAUAGUAUGUUGUUACAAAGAAAGAGGAAGAUUCGUGCGCGUGCUGGCUGCAUGGAAUGUGCCAGCUCGUGAAAGUCUCGAGCGCGGAGAUCUCGGGCUGUCGAACGAGAAAGUCGUAGCACCUUUAUUUGCUGGACGUUUUCGAAGCACUCGCAGCUUAUCCUAUCCUGCUUGACGGACAGAUAUAUGGAGCACAGGUCGAGAAGAGCGUCGGGGAAUGGAUGCCGCCUCCAGAACCUUGCUAUGUGCAACACCAUUGUAAAGUUCAAUGGACACCUCACCCCAAGCGAUCCACUUCAUCACCCGGUUCUCAUUAUUGGACAACCUAGAAACCUUGCCAAAAUCACAUUUGACGAUGUCAAGUGCAAGCUUGAGCCCCGUGUUGGAGAGGAGAUGUUUAAGGCAGCCGUAGGCUCAUUGCACCCAUCACCAACUGACAACUGCUUCUUAUACUUGAAUCUAGCCAUUGUGGCAGCAUUGCCAACCAAAUGCUCACGUCACAAUACACCAUCGCAUGCUCACUCGCUUACCAAACUCGUGAAGAACCUUACAGCUGGAGUGGAUGAGUAUGUUGUGGUGGUAUGUGAAUGGCAAGAUGUGUUUGCCAGCGCUUGUGCGGUUGCCAGAGCAUUUCCAGUAUUCACUCGAAAGUCCAGCGGUACUCCAGGGUCUCACAGUGUUACGGUGGAGUUCCUGCUUGUGGAUGGAGCAGGCGGAGGUCGCCACUUGGGCGAGCCAGAAUUGCGCUGUCUCACUGCAGCUGCAGAGGGCAUCCAGUUGACAGCAAAGAUUGUUGACACUCCAUGCCAUGACAUGAACACAGAGGCCUUUAUCAAGGAAGUGGAAAACGUUGGAAGUGCCCUAGGCCUCAAGCCCACUAUAAUCAAGGGAGAGGAACUUAAUGCCAAAGGCUUUGGAGGUCUUUACUCUGUUGGCCGUGCAGCAGUGCACCCACCUGCACUUGUAGUACUGAGCCACACACCAGAAGGCUCUCAAGAUACUAUUGCCUGGGUUGGCAAAGGUAUUGUGUAUGACACCGGAGGGCUCUGCAUCAAGUCGAAGACUGCUAUGUGUGGCAUGAAGAGAGACUGUGGAGGAGCUGCUGGAAUUCUUGGGGCAUUUUAUGCUGCCGUAAAAUUAGGGUUCAGUGAUAAUCUUCAUGCUAUCUUCUGCCUGGCUGAAAAUGCUGUUGGUCCAGAUGCAACACGGCCUGAUGAUAUAAUUACAAUGUACUCUGGCAGAACUGUUGAAAUCAAUAAUACUGAUGCUGAAGGACGUCUUGUUGUUGGUGACGGGGUGGCAUAUGCACACAAAGACCUCAAGGCUAACAUAAUCCUGGACAUGGCAACUCUGACCGGGGCACAAGGUGUUGCCACUGGAAAGUACCAUGCUGCCUUGGUUAGCAACUCUGCUGACUGGGAGGAGUUGGCCAUGCGAUCGGGGAUCCUUUCUGGGGACCUCAUUCAUGCUAUGCCUUUUGCACCUGAGCUUCACUUUGUUGAAUUUGCCAGCGCCCUUGCUGACAUGAAGAACUCAGUGGCUGACCGUAACAAUGCUCAGCCAUCCUGUGCUGGUUUGUUCAUUUGUUCUCAUCUGGGCUUCGAAUUUCCUGGUGUGUGGAUGCAUGUAGACAUGGCUUAUCCAGUUCACUGUGGUGAAAGGGCAACUGGAUAUGGAGUUGCACUCCUUUUGACAUUGUUUGGGCACUGUUCAAAGAAUCCACUUCUGAAAGAGCUUUCGUCUUGGUGCAGUGCCAAUGCAGAUGAUGUAGAAAGGGCCACGAAGAAAAUUCGAUUGGUCUAGUGUAAUUUUUUUGGUGAGGUUUUAUUGCUAGGUCAACUCAAGUGUGUUUUUCUUUAUAUUUCAAGAAAGUUUUCUGUGUGAUGUGCUGCUGCUUUUUUUUUAAACAAAGGAAUUUUAAUGCCUCAAGUUGCUUCUACCCAUGAAAUGGUGUAGAAGCUGUGAUGUUCGACGUCUGACAUGUGGUUGUAUGCUUACAGUGCGUGUGUGUGGCUGUGGCAAGAGUUAUGAUUAAACAAUUUUGCACAUGUGG